AUGCAAACUUUUGGUUUUAACAUUGAUGAACUUUUUGAUUGUUUUAUUACCUCUGGCGAAGUUGGCUUUAGAAAACCAGAUCCUCAGAUACUACAAUUUAUUCUAGAUCGAUACCCACAAGUUUAAAAUCAUGAGAUAGUUUAUAUAGGAGAUUCUUUGGCUAAGGAUAUACUAUGCGCUCAUAGGGCAGGCAUUAGAUCUAUAUUUAUGUCAUAUUGUCCUUCAAAUGUCAAAUAAAACUACCAAAGUCUUGCUUCAGGGAUCAUUCCUGAUUUUACCAUUGUAGAUAUGCGAAGUCUUCCCUCUAUAUUUAAGAUCAUGGAUGAUGAUGUGGCAUUUAUUCAGUCUUUGGGCGAUCCCUAAAUCAUCAAGAGUUAUAGAGAUAUAUUGCAAUAGCUGCCAAGUUAGAAUAGAAUGAGAGUGGGACUACUUUAAGAUGGGGAUGGAGUCAACAGAAAUGAUCAGUUUCACAAGACUGGUUUGCUCUUUGAAGAAAGUGAUAUGCAGUUCAUUCCUAUGAAUCUAGAUGAUCCUUUUGAGUUGAAUGGUAGAUUGGAUGUAAUGAUCAAUAAAGGCCAGGAUAUAAUAGCAGAUUACUACACUGAAGAAGGGUCUAAGAAAGCAGAGAGACUAAGGAAUUACAUCAACUAGCAUAAAAUGGUUGUGAUUGAUUCAUUGGAAGGAGCUAUGAAACUAUAGAGCAGAAAAACAUUUCUAACUAUGGUAGGAGAGAUGAUCAAUGAGAUUAAACAGUAAAACCCAGGCCACCUAAUAUGUGAAAAGCUCAAAUAAGCUAAUUUUUUCUGUCUUAAAAAUGAUUUCCAAGAUUAAGAGAGCGUCUUCGAGUAAUAUAAAGAGUAAGCUGCUUUACAGGAGCUGAAAUAUCCAAUAAUUGUCAAAAUACUGUAGGCUUCCAGAAAUUCUUAUUCUCAUAACUUCUAUGCAGUAAGUUCAGAUGCUGGAUUGAGAGAGUCUUUGGCUUAUAAGGGCUUCAAGGAUGAAAUUCUCAUCUUCUAAGAGCUUUUAAAGCACUAAGAAGUAUUUCAUAAACUCUAUAUAAUUGGGGAGGUGUACGAUGUCGCUGUAAAGAGGUCUAUUCCUCAUUUGCUAGUGACAUCUGGAGAUUACUUCUUUUUCCAAACUAAGAUGAAGUUUGAUUAGUCCUCCUAUUAGACAUUUGAGAAAAUAAAUUCUUUCGAGGAUUAGUAUGUAAGCAUUAUAGCAAAAGCAUUAGUUGAGAAGUAUGAGUUGCAGUUGAUUGGAGCUGAUAUACUGAUUGAGGAAGAUACUGGCGAUUUAUACAUUAUUGAUGUCAACUACUUCAGCAGCUAUGAAGAUUUGACUGAUGAAAAAGUAAGGAAUUCUUUCAAAGAUCUCAUAAGGAAGUUGAACUACUAGAAUAAAAUUUCUCAAUAGUGA